AUGGCGGGGGCCCUGGAGGGUGGACCCCAGGAGGAGGCAGCGUCCGAGCGAGACCUUGACUCGAGGAUGAGUGAUUGUAUAGGUCAAGGUGGCGAUCAGGUCAUGAAUGACGUGGGCGUGGCUCAGGUCAGUGCAGAGGUGAUGUCAUGGGCGCGCCGCCUUCAUCUGUCACCCCUGUCAGUUGGAGGGUGUGACAUUAAAUUCUUGUACGAGGGGCAGUCUGAAAAAUUGCCAUAUGUUAUUCUAAAUCCAAUGCUGAACGAGAAUACUAUUCAAGACAAGGAAAAUGUGGGGAGAUCCAGAUAUCUGGUUCGAAUCAAAAUCUACGUAAGUGAAUGUACCCCAGAUCUGAUAGGGACGACCAAGACCAGCUGUAAAGGAACCUACUCAAAGGUCAAGCCGGCCCCAAAGACCGAGGAAGAGAAAAGGAAGCAUUUCAAGCAGAGGAAAGUCAUUCCAAAGUUCAGCGACCUUUUUAUUAACAAGAAUGAGAACGAGAGUGACCCCUUUGACGCCUUGUUUGAAACUAGCAAUUCGGAUCUUGGUAAACUGAAGAAGUCAAAACGCAAAGUUCCGGCUAAACAGAGAAGACCACUAGCUGUUAACAACUCGCUGUUAAACAGUAGUCUCGGCAGUAGUCAUAACUCUGCCAAUGAUACGUUUGACAAACUCUUGAAAGAGGCAAAAUUACCCUCUGUGGUUGCAAAUAGCAGUAACCAGCUUUCAUCAUCAGCUGGAAGCUCGCUAGAAGUUGAUGGAAUCUUAUAUCAGUCCCUCUUCUCUUCAGUAGCGUGUUCGACAGCAUCUGCACAAAACCAUGAUCACAAAGAAGAAACAAAGCAUGUUUUGCCCACCAAAGAAUCUAAGAAGGAAACUGAAAAUAAAAGAGUACCUGUGAUUCAGCUGCACAGAAUAAGCACCUUCACCACACCUCCUGUUUGUCGAACACAGAAGAAAAUCAGUGAAGAAAAGGAGUUGGCAGAAAGCCCUUUUGAGGUCCAGAGUAAACCCCAGGAAGUGCUCAGGGGAAAGUCCAGUGACAAAGGGGAUGUGAUAACAAGCACUCCAGCAGAUGUCAGCCGACUAAAGACAGUGGUGAAAAAUGGGAAAACAUGGAGCAUGCCAUCAACUCCAACCCUUGAACAUCUAAUAUCUCCAGUGCCAAAGGAAAGCUACCUUGUUGCUCUUAGUAAUUCAUCAGAUUUUGAGUCUCCGAUGUCCUUUAAAUCUAAAUCAAAUAUCCACUCCAAUCAUGAAGGUCAAAGUGAACAAUCUGUUGAGAGCAGAUAUGAGACCUGCAGCUCAGAGAUAAAUUGCAAGUCUUCCGACAGUUUACCAGCUGUGGCCUCUGAACUCUUUGGAAUUGGACCGCAAUGGGGAAAGGCAUCUGCAAGGAAGAAUGCAACACAAGAGAUUGCAUCACUGUUUCCUUCUGGGACUACAUUCAAGGUACCUGUGAUUCAGCUGCACAGAAUAAGCACCUUCACCACACCUCCUGUUUGUCGAACACAGAAGAAAAUCAGUGAAGAAAAGGAGUUGGCAGAAAGCCCUUUUGAGGUCCAGAGUAAACCCCAGGAAGUGCUCAGGGGAAAGUCCAGUGACAAAGGGGAUGUGAUAACAAGCACUCCAGCAGAUGUCAGCCGACUAAAGACAGUGGUGAAAAAUGGGAAAACAUGGAGCAUGCCAUCAACUCCAACCCUUGAACAUCUAAUAUCUCCAGUGCCAAAGGAAAGCUACCUUGUUGCUCUUAGUAAUUCAUCAGAUUUUGAGUCUCCGAUGUCCUUUAAAUCUAAAUCAAAUAUCCACUCCAAUCAUGAAGGUCAAAGUGAACAAUCUGUUGAGAGCAGAUAUGAGACCUGCAGCUCAGAGAUAAAUUGCAAGUCUUCCGACAGUUUACCAGCUGUGGCCUCUGAAGCAAAGGGAACCAUUUCAGCAUGCCAUCAAAAUAAAGAAAACCAUAGAGAUAGUGAGAGUGAAAUAAAAAGGUUUUAUAAUAGCUCUUUGGAAUUGGAGAGCGGCCCAUUCAAAGGGGUCGUUAUACCUUCUCAUGACAGUACCAGAGCACAUAAAAGUAGUUCUGGUCAUGCUGAAAGCAGUGAAGCAGAAACUAGUGUUGAGCUUAGCAGUAUUAUAGGUUUAAGGAAUGUAGGUACUGCUAGAACACUGAAAAAUAAAGUCACUACUAGAAAAAAGAAAGGAGCAGCUGUUGAGAUUAGAAACAAAUUUGAAUCUUCAGCAGACCUCUCCAAUUUAGAAAGGUCUUUAGCUCACAUGUACAAAAGAAAUGGGCAGUUGACUAUCUCUAAACAAAGUCUAAGAAUACACACAAAGCAGUUAGGCUCAAAAUUGUCUCUUAAAAAAUCUUGGGCUAAGCCUUCUCCAGUUCUGACCAGACUAAGGCAGAAAGCUCCCAGACAGACUAAGAUUUAUGAUAUCUCUAUGGACAGUGUAGUGGCAGCACAAGAAAAUACAAGAAGCACUUCCAUAAGUCAGUUAUCGGGCACGGAGAAAUCCUUAGUCAUAGGGAGACGGAAAAGAAUAUCUAAAGAGGCAGGUUGCGUGAAGAAUCGCAUUCAGCUGGAGACCUCGGACACAGACACUUCACUUGUCAUUCCAAGAAGACCUCCUAAGAAGCUGAGUCUGAGAAAGAAAGUGAAGGAUAAUACUUCCUUGAAACCAUCAAAUAGAAAUAGCCAGUUCAUGUCUGAUGCUGAUUUUAGCAGUGUCAGUGUGGCAGAAAAUUCACAGGUGAGGAGGAGGAGUGGAAGAUUACUGGCCAUGAAACGACAGACAUUUGUGCCGUCUCCAAAGUUAUUGAGAAGGAAGUAUGCAAGGUUGUGCAAAAAUAAUUUGGAAGAAAGUGCAACCAAGUUCCAGUGUGAGAAUGAAAGUUAUGUUAAUACAAGUAGAAUUCAGAAUCAAACUGAUCACAAAGAACUCAGUCUGAAAAACCUCAGCAGAAUGUCUGCUAAAAGUGUGCAUGGUUUAGAGGCCACUGCCAUGAGUUUUGGUUCUGUAAAUACUACAGUAUUUACUGACUUCCAGACCAGAAAAGAGAGGAGAGGUAACCAGUUAGUCUAUUGUAAACUAGAAUCAAGUGAAGACAUGUUUGAUACCUCAGAUACCAAUAUAUCAGAAGUACAAAUUGAAGAGCCAGUUGGUUUUGAGAAACCACAAGUAAUUGCUGAAGAUCUUGAGAAUUCAGAGCAAACAAGUUCAGAUGAAGAUGAUACAGAUUCUCAAGAACAAGCACCACCUGGUGGGGAUUCCUGUCCCUUGGUUGAAAGCAGUAUUCAUGAGAAUUCUCUUCUGGAACUAGAGGAAUUGGAAGAUGUAUGCAGAAGCGUGAAAGUACAGUGUAUGAUUCCUGUGAAGGGAGGCAAGGGCUGGAGAAGAUCCUGUCUCAGCAUGGCUGCAGCAAAGAUCCCUAACCGACAGGAUGAAACAGGCAUCCGUCGUCAAACAGUACACACAGUGUCCGAUGGGCACAGACGAAGAACUGGGAGGCGGAUAUCAGCUAUUCCUCAGGAUAUAAGUAGACAUAUACAACAGAUGGGAACUGCACAUACAGUGGAUUUGCACUCUUCACAUCAUACAAGCUUCCACACAGUGGUCAGCACUGAUGCCUCUGAGCUUGCCAUACCCUCUGACCCCAGGGAGUAUGUUCUCAAGCUGUGCAGUCAAGUUGCUCCCGUCCCCAUUGAUGAGUGUUUCACAGAGAGCCGUCUCGUCAGUUGUAAGAAGAUCGGAGAGGGUGUAUAUGGAGAGGUUUUCAUGACACGCCCUAACCCAAACAACCUUGAGGGGGCAACCGUCCUCAAAAUCAUGCCCAUCGAAGGAGAUUUUGAAGUCAAUGGAGAACCACAGAAGAAGUUUGGGGAAAUUGUCUCUGAAAUUGUCAUAUCCCUGGAACUGAGCAAUUUAAGAAAAUCUGAAAAUGAGCCAAAUUGGACAGAAAACUUUGUAAAUGUGCUAAACUCUUGGUGUGUCCAAGGUUCUUAUAUACAAGAUCUUCUCAACAUGUGGGAUGUAUACAAUGAAGAAAAGGGUUCUGAAAACGACCGACCAGAUCUCUUCCCUGAUUCACAGCUUUAUAUUGUAUUGGAGUUUGGACAUGGUGGAGGAGAUUUGGAGAGCUAUGUGUUCAAUAAUGCUGGGGAAUCACUGGCUGUAUUCUUGCAGAUUGCUUACAGUUUGGCAGUGGCUGAACAGGAGUUGGAAUUCGAGCACCGUGACCUCCACUGGGGCAACGUGUUGGUAGCUCCCACAAAAGAAUCUGUCAUGGACUUCAGGGUAGCAGGAGCCACUUACAGGCUACCCACAAAGGGACUGAAGGCUACUGUGAUUGAUUUCACCCUAUCACGUCUUCAUUUAAACCAUUGUGUGAUGUACAAUAACCUUGGAGAAGACCCCUCAUUGUUCACAGCAGAAGGAGACUAUCAGUUUGAAAUAUAUAGGCAGAUGAGAAAAGCAAAUGGAAAUGACUGGGAGAAAUUCACACCAUACACCAAUGUUCUGUGGCUUCAUUACAUUUUAGACAAGAUGAUUGGCGAAUGCUACUACAAGAAGGUGAAGACAAAAGUCCACUCCAGUAAUCUUGCCCAACUUCGGAAACUUAAAGGAAAGAUGCUGAGCUAUGAAAGUGCGACAGAUUUUGUUUUCCAGAGAGAGAUGGAUAUUCAGUGAUUGUUUUUUGUUUUUUUUUAGCAUUCCUUUCCUCCUUCAUGAAUAUCCUUCUCAUGAAGCUUUAAGAAAAAUUCAGCUGUUUAGGUCAAGAAUAAGUGGAUAUCCUUGAUUUUCUAUUCUGCUCACUGUAAAUUGAAGUGUAAAUUUGUAAAUAUAUACUUUUUAUUAU